GUUUGUAUAUGUGCGUGUAUUAUCCCCUCAUUCGCGGAUUCGAGGCAGCAGAGCCACGUCAGUCGUAAACAGCGUUCGCGGACUGUGUAUCGUGCUCCGCACAGCGCAACGAGAACUCCACUGCUGCCGCUGCUGCUUCGUGUGUUACUUCUUAUCUGGGGUGCUCCAACGCAGCAUGCCACAGGCGUGAGGGACACCUUUUCUUUUUUUAAUCUUCCGACAGUUGACAAUAAUUUUCCCCGAUUUUCACGGCUGAUCCUCGAUAGACCCUGAGCAGGUCUUCCACAGCAUCAAAAUGGUCAAAUUUCUCGAGAUUAUCCAACCUUUCUGCCAGAUCCUACCAGAGAUCGCCAAGCCACAACGCAAGAUCCAAUUCAGAGAAAAAGUUUUGUGGACAGCGAUUACUCUUUUCAUCUUUUUAGUAUGUUGUCAGAUUCCACUUUUCGGUAUCAUGUCUUCGGAGAGCGCGGAUCCCUUCUACUGGAUCCGUGUCAUCCUGGCCUCCAACAGAGGUACGCUUAUGGAGCUGGGUAUUUCUCCAAUCGUUACCUCAGGUCUGAUUAUGCAGCUGUUGGCUGGUGUCAAAAUCAUUGAGGUUGGUGACACGCCAAAAGACAGAGCCCUCUUCAAUGGAGCUCAAAAACUCUUUGGUAUGAUCAUCACUAUUGGACAAGCCAUUGUUUAUGUCAUGACUGGCAUGUAUGGUGACCCAUAUGAUAUUGGGGCUGGAGUUUGUCUGUUGAUCAUCAUUCAACUUUUUGUUGCUGGAGUAAUUGUUUUACUUCUUGAUGAAUUGCUCCAAAAAGGAUACGGUUUGGGCAGUGGUAUUUCACUCUUCAUUGCUACCAACAUCUGUGAAACCAUUGUCUGGAAAGCCUUCAGUCCUACUACCAUGAACUCUGGCAGAGGAACUGAAUUUGAAGGAGCUGUCAUUGCUUUGUUCCACUUGUUGGCUACUAGACAAGACAAAGUUCGCGCUCUGCGUGAAGCUUUCUACAGACCUCACUUACCCAACUUCAUGAACAUCAUUGCUACUGUUUUGGUGUUCGCCAUUGUCAUUUACUUCCAGGGAUUCCGUGUCGAUCUUCCAAUCAAAUCCGCCAGAUAUAGGGGUCAACAAAGCAGCUAUCCAAUCAAGCUCUUCUACACUAGCAACAUUCCAAUCAUUCUUCAAUCUGCUCUUGUUUCCAAUUUGUACGUCAUCUCCCAAAUGUUGGCCAUCAACUUCAAUGGCAACAUUUUGGUUAACUUGCUUGGUGUAUGGUCUGAUGUAAGUGGAGGUGGUCCAGCUAGAUCUUAUCCAGUAGGCGGUCUUUGCUACUACCUCUCUCCUCCUGAAUCUGUUGGACACAUCCUUCAAGAUCCAGUCCACGCCAUCUUGUACAUUGUCUUCAUGUUGGGAUCUUGUGCAUUCUUCUCCAAGAGCUGGAUUGAAAUCUCUGGAAGCUCUGCCAAGGAUGUUGCCAAGCAAUUGAAGGACUCGCAGAUGGUCAUGCAAGGUCAUCGCGAAAAAUCCCUCAUCCACGAACUCAACCGUUACAUCCCAACUGCAGCUGCUUUCGGUGGUCUUUGUAUUGGUGCCCUUUCCGUACUGGCCGAUUUCCUCGGUGCAAUUGGUUCUGGCACUGGUAUUUUACUUGCUGUUACUAUCAUCUAUCAAUACUUUGAAAUUUUCGUGAAAGAACAAAGUGAAAUGGGUGGAAUGAGCACGUUAUUGUUCUAAAUGCUCGUUUGAUUAAAGACUCACAUUAGCGACGGUGUCUCGCUCAACAAAGCUCGCUCAUGCAUAGAUGUACAUUAUUUGUACGUUUAUUGUAUUCAGCAGCAACAAAUAGGAAUAUGUAUAUAUAUGUUUUGUAUUUAAAUCUUUUUUAUUGUAAGAAAAAUGUAGUAUUUAUACAUUUUUAUAAAAAAUUCCAUCAGUUUCAUCAAAUCUUUUAUUGCAUUUAAAGAAAUUUUUUCAAUGACCGAUUGUUCAACAGUCAAUUGGGUUAUAAUAAAUGUUACAAAAGUUUAA